UCGAGACAGGGUUUCUCUGUGUAGCUUUGCGCCUUUCCUGGAACUCACUUGGUAGUCCAGGCUGGCCUCGAACUCACAGAGAUCCGCCUGGCUCUGCCUCCCGAGUGCUGGGAUUAAAGGCGUGCGCCACCACCACCCGGCUAAAUAUAUUUUUUUUAAAGAUUUAUUUAUUUUGUAUACAGCAUGUAUGACCAGAAGAGGGCACCAGAUCUCAAUACAGACGGUUGUGAGCCACCAUGUGGUUGCUGGGAGUUGAACUCAGGACCUCUGGAAGAGCAGUCAGUGCUCUUAACCUCUGAACCAUCUCUCCAGCCCAAAAAACCAAUAAAUAUAUUUUUAAAAGGUGCAUAUUUGGUAGGAAAAUUAAAUUAGGAUCAUUUGACUAUCAUUUAUCUACGUAGACAGGGUCUUAUUCUGUAGCCCAGGCUGGCCUUAAACUUGCACCGAUUCACCUGCCUUUGCCUCCCGGGUGUGGACUAAGAGUGUGCUCCCAGGAGUAGUCUAGUUUUUUAUUGUUGUUCUGUUUUCCCUUUUUUAUGUGCAUAGGUACUUUACCUGCAUGUAUGUCUGUGUACCACAUGUGUGUCUGGUGCCUGUUGAGGCCAGAAGAGGGCGUCAUAUCUGCUGAGACUGGAGUUUCAGACGGUUGUGAAUUGUCACGUGGGUGCUGGGAGCCGAACCCAGGUCCUCUGCAAGAGCCACAAGUGCCGCUAACCACUGAGCCAUCUCUCCAGCCCCUGACCUAAUUUUUUUAAUUGAUGAGUAUUAAUUUGCGUGGGGGGGUGCAUGCGCCAGGAGUACAUGCAGACGCAGAUGACUUGCAGGAGCUGCUUACCUCCUCCCACUCAGGAGGUUCUGGGGGUUGAACUUGGGUCCAGCUUGGCCAGUUACUCCCACGCUGAGCCAUCUUGCUGGUGUAGACUGAAUAGUGUGCUGAGUGUGUGUGCAUGUGUGGCUCUGUUCUCACCCUUCUAGACAACAAAGACGUGGACCCCUCCCCCAACCCCGCAUGUGUCCUCGGGACCCUCCUGAUCCCUGUUACAUAAAUGUGCAGGUGUUAACUGCCGGUGACACUGGCCUCCUCCCCAGGCACCCCCAUCCUGCCUCCUCUCCCCUCCCUCCUCCCCGCUCCAUCCUCCCUCCUCCCGUCGGUAUUUCUGACAGAACCAGCCCAGAGUGCUGCUGUGCACAUUUCUUGGAAUGAAGAACUGAAGACAGCCUCCUCGUACAGGCUGACUUCCAAGAUUACGCCUUCUUCUGCUCCUUUUCCAACUCUAUGACCUUCCAAGGCUCUGCCACUCAGCUCAGGAAUGGCAGCAAUGCAGCCGGCAACCCCACUCCAGCUCCCACACCUCGCGUCACCGGGUGGGCCGUGCCUCUCCCAGCCCCAGCAAACCCCUGCUCAUCCAGAGAAAGCCGCCAAGCCGUACCCGCAGCCCCAGAGUGAUUCCUGUCCACCCAAGGAGCCGGCAGCACCGCCGUCACAGCAGGUGCCCCGCCUUCGGGCAGUGGUGGAGAGCCAGGCCUUCAAGAACAUCCUGGUGGACGAAAUGGACAUGAUGGUCUCGAGGGCGGCCACCGUCAUCCAAGCCAACUGGAAGGGCUACCGGCUGCGGCAGAAGCUUAUCUCGCAGAUGACAGCGGCCAAGGCCAUCCAGGAAGCCUGGCGUCGCUUCAGCACACGCCGGUUGAUGCGCUCCAACAAGCUGACCUUAAAGAAAGCGAAGAGGGAAGAGGAGGGCGACAUCCCCUACCACCCUCCACAGCAGGUACGCUUUCAUGCCCCAGAGGACCAGCCGCCAGUCAUGGUGAGCAAGGAAACUCAGUUCCCAUCCAAUGACAGCCUGGUCCCUUCGCACACCACAGCAGCCCCAGGUCCCUGUAUCAGCAGAGUCCACAGGGGUGGCCUCCUGCCACAGCAGCCUGUGACUGGCAGACCCACAGGUCCCAAGUAUCCACCCUGCAUGCUGACCAAGACUGUCAGGAGCUCCUGUCUCAUCAGACACUUGGAAGGGGACAGUGUGAAGAGCAGGCAUGUGGCUUCCAAGACCAUCAGAUUGGGGACCCCAGAGUCAGCAGCAGCGGGGAGAUGUAUCCAGGCCAUCCAUGGAUCCAUGAAGACCCAGACCCAUGUCCACACUGAAGCAUGUGUCCCUAAGGCCCCACCACAUACGUAUCCAGUCAACAAGACCCCUACCAAGGUGUGUCCAGUGGCUCCCGCCCCUAAGUCCCCAGCCACAGUGGCCACGGCACCCAAGAGUGUGCUGCAGACGUGCCCCACAUCCCCAGCAACGGUCAUGAAGAUGCAGACGUGCCCCACAUCCCCAGCAACAACGGUCAUGAAGAACCUGCCAGUAACCUGCCCGACUUCCCAGGUGACCAGGCCCCUGGCUCACGUACGACCCAAUCCUUCAUUCUCUAGCACCACACCACAUAUGCGGCCUGUGGUCCCCACGGCCAGGGUACAGCCCCCAGGGUGUGCUGUGACCUCCACAAUCAAGGCCUCACCACGCCCGCGGGUUCCCAUCAGUAAGUUCCCACUACAGACUGGCCCUGGUCCCAUGAUGGCAAAGACGUCACCCCAGAUGCGUCCAGUCACCAGAAGUCAACCUCAGCCAUGUGCAGCAUCUACUUCGUCCAAAACCUCCACUCAGGCGAGCUCCACAGUCAAGGCCUCACCUCAGACUCGCCUGGCGGCGAUGAUAACCAAGACUCCAGCUCAGAUACGUUCCGUGGCUGCUGUGCUCAGGACCCUGUGUCUGGUCCCUACAGUGGCAGCCUCAAGUCCCAGGGGUUCACUCCAAACUCCAGUGGUUGCUGGCAUUCCCAACACCCCAUCCCAAGUCCAUCUGAACAGCCAAAACACCAAGGUCACCGUGAGCACCAAGCAGACCACCGCAGUGGUCAAGGUGGCCUCUCAGUCAUACUUGGACGAGGAGAAGGGCAGGUGUGGACCCCACGGACAUCUAGACUUUGUGGCUCCUAAACCUCCAGCCAAGUCUCCAUUGGAAGCAGAAAAGAUGAAGCCUGGGCCCCCGAGGGUACCCAAGAAGGAAGCAGCUCCCAAGACUAAUGCGACCAUUGUCACCAGGGCUCUGUCGUGGACAAAAGUGACAGAAGACAGGAGCAAGCCUCUGACUCAGAUCCAGCAGAAGGCGGAGGUUGUGAAGAUCCACUCCAAGGUGUACAUGCCUGAAGAGAUGACUGUGACCCUGUCCCAGGCCCAGCUGGCUGUCCCCCUGACCAAGGCCUCCUCUCAAGUCCAGCCACCCACCAGCCACCCCCGAGCCCCUCCAUCCUCACCGGUCUCUAAGGCGGUGUCACAGUCUCACCCGAUAUCCGGGCUGGCCACGGGCCUACUUGAGGGACGACGUCCACCCGUCGGUCCCUCUGCCACCCUGUCCUCGCCACUGGCCGCACACCUGAUGUCACUCACAGCCCAGCUCCAACCUGCUAGCGAACAGACCAGAUCUGUGUCAAGAGCUCAUCCGGCUGCGUCGUGUUCAGCCACAGCCUCCCCGAAAGCACGCUCCCCGGGGAUGACCUUUGUCCCUCCUGAAGGAUACCCAAACACAUGUCCACUCACCCCCACUUCCCAGCACCACAUGACCUCUCACCCGACCAAAAGCUCACCGCAGCUGCGUCUACCUGCUGAGCAUUCGAAAACCACGAACACCAAACCCGCCAAGGCCACGUGCCAGGUCUGUCCGCCCACUAAACUCAGCAAGGCCCCAUCCCUGGCCCAUCUCAUCACAUGUCUGGCCAAGGUUCCAUCCCAGGCCCAUCUGCCCAUGGGGCUGGCGAAGACCCAGCCUCAGGCCCAGCUGGCCUCUGAAACGGCCAAGUGCCUCUUGGCUGCCCACCCUGCCACUGACCUCAGUAGCAAGACCCAGUCGCAGCCACUCCUAGGCACGACCAAGACACCUGUCCAGUUCUGGCAACAUUUUGGGACACUUAACACCGGACCCCGUGCCAAGCCGGAUGACAGGAACAUGACCCAACCCCAGCUCCAUAGCCAUGCACAAAACAAGGCCACGCAGAACCCACGCUCAGUGGCCACAGAUAUCCAAGGCAUGCUGGUACCUCUGCUGACUCCCACUGGACACCCUGUAUGCAAUGCAGAAUCCUGGGGUGACAGUGGACAGGCCCAGUGCCCAGCACCACCCCCUGUGCCCAGCCAGGCAACGCCCUGCCAUGAAGACCUGGCAGCGUCCAUUGCAUCCCUGUGUGCAGACCUGGUGGCCAUGCUAGGCUCCCCUGAGGACCUGCGGACACUCCUGGCCAAGACGCUUUCUCAGGGGGAAGUAAGGACAGCGCUGAGCCAGGCUCUGUCCCGGGAAGUAUUAGGGCCCUCUGUGGUCAAGGCCCUGCCUCAAGGCAUGCUGGGAAUGGCAUUGAUGAAGGUGUUGUCAUGGGGUGAACUGGGCAUCACCCUGUCCCGGGCCCUGUCCCGUGGUGAGCUGCGUCCGGAACUCAGCAAAGCCACUCAGGGCAAGCUGGCUGAGGUCCUGUGCAAGGCCUUGACAGAAGACGAGAGAGCCGCGCUCAGCCAGGCUCUGUGCCAGGGUGAGCUGGGCGCUGUGUUCACUCAGUCCUUGGCCCAGAUGGCCCAGAGAACGGGUGCCUUCCUCCCCAAGGCCACCUCGAAAAUGGUGGGGAGCCGGAUGACCACGGCACCUGCCCCAGUGGAGGUGACUUGCAGCGGGAGCCUGUCGGUGGCGUGGGGACCUGCGCUGGGUCCCGUACGAGCACGGUGUAGCAAGGUCAGGCUACCAUGGGAGGGCUUGCCCUGGGGACAGCCCGAUGGGAUCCUGUGGGGUAAAGGGGAUGGGGCCACCUUGGAGGGGUCACCCUGCUCGCCAGAGUCCCCCAUAGGCUCCUUUUCUGGAGGGAGGGUUACCAGCACUUACCAGUGUCCCCUACUCAAAGUACCCACACUGUCCUGGGAGAGGGGUUCGGGACUCUGUUCUGGUCUGUACCUGAAGCCAUUGGAUUUUGACCCCAUGGCAUGUGGUGAGGGUCCCCAUGUCCCCAAGCGAUCUUCCCAACAGCCCCCUCCUUGUCCGUGGCAGCCCCUUGUUGCCAAUGGUGCGGGCCCAAGCAGUAACCAGCCAUCGGUGACCAGCAGCACAGCCCCGAGCUCCCGCCAGCAACCCCUGGCCAGCAGGGUGCCCCACCCAUGGGCGUCAUACCGAGAGGGCAACAUGGAGGCCAGCAAACAUUCGAGUGGCGUGGGCAGUGGGAAGUACCCCAUGUCCCAGCAACCCACCGCCUCCCAGGGCGGUGUGUGCCAGUGUCCGAACCUGGGGGCACACAAGAUGUCUCCCUGUGGCCAUUGCUCUUCCAUAGUCAAGAGUCGAACUCCAUCACCGAAGCAGAAUGUUAGGCAGGUCCUGCCAUUGGGUCAUAGACUGGCCAAUAAGGAAAUAGUCACCGUAGUGAGGAAUAUAGUAGAUGAACAGCACAGUGGCCAGUCAUCAUCAGUGUACCUAAAUCCUAAGCUGCAAAAGGUCUCCAGCACACCCACCCCCAAACAGGAGAGGCAUCCCCAAGUAUCCUUGACCCCAUCCCAUCCCCAGGGGCAGGCCACCGGCCACCACAUAUCCCUUCUGGAUGAGUUACUAGCCGCGUUCCCGCAGCACCCAAAGAUCGUGUUAGCCAAGAGCUAUCCCAGGGGAUCAGUUGUCCACAGCCAGAACGGGGACUCUCACAGUUCCCUGCAGAGCGGCACCUCGGCCAGCGCCUCCACACCAUCCAGCCUGACGCCUUCAGAAGUUCUGGAUGGUCGCGGGGAGGAUGACUUGCAGGACUCCCAGCCAGUGUUGAAAAGGUCCAGGGAGGUGAGGCACAGGCCCCAGGGGCUGCUGGAAAGAACAUGGCCAGCUGGUUCUCAGCACACGGUCCCCCAGUUCCAACGGCCACCCCUGGAUCUUGGGCCCCUCCUCUUCCAGAGCACCAGCCUGAAUGUCCACUGGGACUCAGAUAGUGGGUCUGACUACAGUACUGGAGACCUAUCAGAGGGACUGUCCCAGGACACCACUGCACCCUGGCGUGGGAGGAGUCACCAGAUCCAUGCUAGAGAUCUGCAGCUCAGGGGGGUCCCUCAGCUGGAUCCCACCCUACCCCAGGACAUACUGGCUGAUGGGAGAGCCCCAAGCCCUGGCCCGGCACCUAAAGCCAGUGAGGUGUCACCAUGCCUAAGUCAACCAUUAGAGGCCACAGGGCUGUGUCCAAUCUCAUCUCAGCCUGCAGGGUCCAGUACUAUGUCCCCAAGCCUGACCCAGCCAUCCACGGACACUGGGGUAGCCCCAAGCCUGGCCCAUCCAUCUGUGGCCACUAGGGUAUUCCCAACUUUAGCCCAGCCAUCUAUGGAUACUGGGGUAUCCCCAACACUGAUGGAACCAUUGAUGUAUUAUGGGUUACCUACAAAUUUUAGUCAGCCAUUUCUGUACUAUCGAGGGUCCCCAAUCUAUACCCAGCCACACAUGGCCUCUGAGGUACCCUCAAACUUUACCCAGACCUCUGGUGCUAAUGUGGUGGCCUUAGGCAAGCAGCCAGUGAGCCCUGGGUUAGCUUCAAGCCAGCCCCAGCUGUGUGCCACUACCCACGUGGCCGCAAGGGCCGCUCAGUCACCUGACAACAGCUGGCCACCAGAUGGCUCCUCUUCCAUGCCCCGACAUGGUACAGGGCAUCCAGACUCCAUCCAGACAUCUGUAGCCACUGGGGUGUCCCCAGACUUUUUCCACCCAUUUGUGCCCUGCAGCAUGCCCUCAAAUUUCACCCAACCUUGUGUGGCCACGAUUGUAACCUCAAACUUUGUGCAGCCACCCAUGCCCCACAGCAUGUCACCAAGCCUAGCCCAGCCUUUUGUGGUCAGUGUUAUGUCCCCAACUCUGGCCCAUGCAUCUGUGGCCAACAGGGCACCCCCAAACCUCGGUCAGCCAACCACAGCCAGUGGUGUGGUUCCUGGAGUGCUCCAGGUGCCCCUGGCCAACAGGGUGUCCCCCAGUCUGAGAUCCCCACUUCUGGCUCCCAGGGUCUGCUCUAAUCUUACCCAGGCAUCUGUGGCCAGCUUGGGCACCCUGAGCCUGUUGCCACCCACUGUGGUGUGUGGUGUGGGUCGAGGGAGCAGCAAGCCAGCCUUUGGCCCGCAGCAGCACGCACACCAGGACAGCAGUACAGUUCAGAGCCAGCACUCCAUGCUCCACCUAGGUGGGUCCUGUCCGUGUGCGAUGAGUAGGCUAGGCCAGCCAUCCCUAGGAGUCUGUGGCAGCCCAGGGGACAGACUCAUGACAGGUACCAGGAGCCAGCCCAGCCCUCGGGAUCCUACGGUCUACUCUGAGCUGACACAGGCCAGCAAGGGGCCCCCAGGUCCCGUAGCUCAGUCCAUGGCGCCUGCAGAAGAUGGUGGCUUGACCUUAGGGGCCAGUGUCCCAUGUCAGACUUGGUUCAGAGGCAUAGCCCCAGGGAUGUCCCAGGGGCCCGUGGCUACUAGACUGUUUCUAAGUAUGCGCCAGGGGGACAAUCCACCCCCCAUGGCUGCCUGGGCCUUGCCAGUGGAUGCCCCGUGGACUCACGAACAGGCUGUUGUGACUGCAGGUGUGGGCCAGGGCCCAUGCCCAGCUGUGAUGCCCAGUAUGCAGGUCCCAUCUGAGUUCUUCCCAAACCAGCUGGGUACCAGCUUCCCUCAGACCUGUGCCUCUCUUCCUGUCACAUUAGACCCCCAACUCCUCUCUAUGGCCACUAUGGUUCCACCCAGUUGCCAAUAUGCAGGUAUGGUCAUUCCAGAUGCAGCAUUGGGUGCUGUCGGUGGGGGUUUGGCCCAGAAUUCUGUAAAUGGAAAAGUGCCCUCGGCACUGGCCCCCAAGCCUGUGGUCGAGAAUCUCAACCUUUUUCAAGGAUCUGUGAUCAGGGGCGUAGGAAAGAGUGUCCCCCCAGAGUCCAUGGUGGAUGGCGUGGCUCAGAGUGUCCCCCCAGAGUCCAUGGUGGAUGGCGUGGCUCAGAGUGUUCCCCCAGAGUCCAUUGUGGAUGGCGUGGCUCAGAGUGUCCCCCCAGAGUCCAUGGUGGAUGACGUGGCCCAGAGUGUCCCCCCAGAGUCCAUGGUGGAUGGCGUGGCCCAGAGUGUCCCCCCAGAGUCCAUGGUAGAUGGCAUGGCCCAGAGUGUCCCCCCAGAGUCCAUGGUGGAUGGCGUGGCUCAGAGUGUCCCCCCAGAGUCCAUGGUGGAUGGCGUGGCUCAGAGUGUCCCCCCAGAGUCCAUGGUGGAUGGCGUGGCUCAGAGUGUCCCCCCAGAGUCCAUGGUGGAUGGCGUGGCUCAGAGUGUCCCCCCAGAGUCCAUGGUGGGUGGCGUGGCUCAGAGUGUCCCCCCAGAGUCCAUGGUGGGUGGCAAGGCCCAGAGUUUCCCCCCAGAGUUCAUAGUGGAUGGUGUGGCCCAGAGUGUCCCCCCGGAGUCCAUGGUAUGUGUCAAGGCCCAGAACCUACCUCCAGAAUCAGUGGUUAGUGAUGAGGUUGAGAGCUCCCAUCAAGAUUCUGUGGCCAGUGACAUGGCCCUCAGCCUCCCUCCAUGUUCUGUGGCCAGCGGCGUGGCCCCCUGUCACCCUCAAGAGAUGGAUGGUAGGAGGGAAAAGCUGAGCCCAGCUGUAGAACCCUUGCCAAGCUCCCAUCCCCUAGGCCCACACCUGGGUUUUGUGGCCAGUGGGACAGUUCCUAGUAUGCCUCUGGGUGCCGUGGCAAGUGGCGUGGCUCCAGGGUCCAUGCUGGUAGGAAUCAGUCCACGUCCCUAUCAGGCAGCACAGUCUGGGGAGCACUCCCGGGUCUCCUUCCUGGCACCCCAUGUCACCAGCCUGGCCAGUGCCCACUCACCAGCCCCCGCAGUCCAGAGAGUGUCCCAGGACCAGCAACGUUUGCCCACAGUUUUGUCAAGUACCUCACAGUUUAGUUCAGACCCUGGGCUGACAAAGCUCGUCGGUGUUGAUAACCCGACCUUGCUGAAGCCAAGACAAAUCCACAACACAGUGUCCUCAACACUGGAGCCUGGCAUAGACCCUGUCAAAUCUGAAGGUCUCAAAAUCAUCUCCUGGACGGGCCUUGGUGCCACGGGAGGUGAGUGUCAUGAACGUGAGACCCUGGCAGCUGAAAAUAUUCUCAAAGACCAAGUGGCCUUGUUGGCAGAGGAGGCUUCCAGGCGAGCCAGAGGUAUCACUCUUGUCCCUGUACAGGCCCCAAGUUUAGGUGAGCACCCCACAGCCCACAGCAUCAGCCCUGUGCAGCCCUUACCCUCAGAAAGCCCUGCUUCCGGGACCCCGAGCCUGCAGGAGGCCCCUGUGGCUGACCGUUCAAGCCAGCCUCCAGCUUCUAAUGCAGUCAUGGGCCCACCACAGCUGAGUCCCAACACUGAUGGGCCAGCCAAGCUGCCUCCAGGGUCAGAGGUCAGCACAGGAAGCCCCAGCAUUCUCCAGAGCUCAGGGAGGACUGAUUCAGCACCUCUAACUAAAAAUAGGACUCCCAGGUUCUCCCAGACGGGAGAACCUCAGAACCACACCAAGAGUAACCACCGAGAACCCCUCACCGCUAAAAAUUCCCACCGCUCCAUUCAGAGUAGCCUUGUCUCAGAACUUCUAGAAGGUUCCAUGGACAGACUGCUACCCUUCAGUAGUCCACUGAAGAAGAAAUCUCAGGUCUCAUUGGACAGUCACAAGCGGUCCUCGGGUACACCCAUGGUGGGCAUCACUCCCGUCAUCCACGUGGGAGAUGGGAGGGGACAGAAAACAGCCUCAGGAGUUCAAGGGGUGUCUCUGGCCCGUGAGUCAUCACCAAAUGGCUCCCAGACACCUCUUCUUGGUGAGGCUGCCCACGACACCAGACACACUGGCCAGCCAAGAACAAUGCUGACCCUCACCACACACCCAGGCCAGAGGCCACCUUGUGUCACAGGACCUGGAGUUAGCUAUGACGAGGGUUCCCUAGUCCCCACCACAACCCAUGACCAAAAUGUUCAGUAUGUCACCAGCCCUGAGACUGGCUAUGACGGGACCUCCCAGAUCCCCACUGCACCUCACAGCCACCAACACCAGCACGUCACAGCUCCCAAAACUAGUUUUGAUGAGGGGCCCCAGAGAGUCCCCACCAUGCUCUAUGGCCACAGACUUCAAUAUAUCACAAUGCCUAAAACAAGCCUUGAUGGGAGUUCCCAGGUCCCCACCACACCCCAUCUUGUUACACACCCUAAAACUGGCCAUAAUAAGAUAUUCCCACCCCCCACUGUACCCCAGGGCCCUGUGGAUGCCGGCCCGGCUGCUGGCCAGUCAUGGAAUUCCAAAGUCCCCAACGUAUCGGUCAGAGCCACAGCACAUGCUGAGGCACCCCGAGGCACAUGGCAUCCCAGCAGGGGCCCCAGGCCCUGGGAGCCCCCAGGGGCAGAGGCAGCGCUGGACCACAAGCCCUCAGCUGAGCUGCUGGUAUCAGUGCGUGCCAUGGAGAAGGUUGUCGUCCAGGCCAUCAUCACCAUCCAGGCGUGUGCACGUGGUUAUUUGGUGCGUCGCACUGUGAAGGUGUGGCAUCAGUGGGCCACCAUCAUCCAAGCGACAUGGCGUGGCUACCGUGUACGACGGAACCUGGCAAGGCUGCUCAGGGCCACCACCAUCAUCCAGGCUGCCUGGCGUGGCUACUGCACUCGCCGGGCCCGGGCCCACCAGGUGUUGCUCCCUACCAUGUGGCCGGGGCACAGUGGCAGAGCCCAGGGGAACUCUGACACCAGGAACAGCUCCGAGCACCGCUGCUUUCUGUCCUGUCAACCCGAUGUCUGCAGCCUCUGCCAGGCCCUGGGUCCCCGGGCAGAGAGUCCGCCCAGUGUUGUGAUGCUUGUGGGGUCCCAGCCACGCACCUGCCAUGUGUGUGGCCACACACUGUCUACUCGCGUGGUGCAAGGCUUUGGCCAGGGCGUCUCAGUCCAGUCCGGCUCUCGUUGGGCAUCGGUGCCCCGGCCGCAUCCCCUGCUCAGCCAGCAGCACAGAGCAGCCACCCUCAUCCAGGCAGCCUGGAAGGGCUACAGGACCCGCCGUCAGAUCAGCCAGCAACAGUCUGCAGCCAAGACGGUCCAGGCCACGUGGAGGGGACAUUAUACCCGCAGCUGCCUCACCACGGAUGCGCUCUUGGGAACAGGAAGCCCAUGGGCCAACUCCAGGGACACUUCACGCCGUACCUCGAGGGCUUACUCUUUGCAUUGGCCUGGUGUCUAGGCCCCUGGCUGUGGGCAGAGGCACCAUGGUGGCCAUGU